AUGACAUCGAAUAUCGCCGAGUCUUUGAAUGCAGCAAUCAAGGCAGCUAGGGAAUUACCAAUAACAACGCUCCUGGAAAGUUUGAGACGUUUGAUGCAAGAAUGGAGUUAUGCUAACAGAAAUAUUGCAAUUUGUACAUUUACUAAGCUUACAAACAAAGCAGAACAUGAACUCAGAAAUCACUAUGCAUCAUCUUUAAGAAUGAAGGCUUCAACAUCUGUUAGAGGUUUGCACAGUGUGGAAGAUGGUGAUAAAACCUUUAUAGUAAAACUUAAUGAAAGAACAUGCACAUGCUGCAGAUUUCAAUUGGAUGAAAUGCCAUGUCCACAUGCUAUUGCUAUAUUGAGCAAACUACACCAAGAACCAUAUCAAUACUGCUCAGACUUUUUCACUAAAGAAAAUAUGCUUGCCACAUAUGAAGGAGUUGUCUAUCCAAUGCCUAGCCAAAAUAAUUGGGAUUUACCUGCCAGUGUUGAAAGUAUGGAAGUUCUUCCGCCAAUAGGAGCAAUUCCAGCAGGAAGACCAAAGAAAAGAAGAAUCACAGGACCAAAUGAAAUAAAGAAGACAAAUCAGUGUGGAAGAUGCAAACAAAGAGGACAUAAUAAGAAGACAUGUAAAAAUAUACCAAAAUAA